UGACGUCACGCCACACGUCACUCGCGAAUAAGUUCAUCAGCGAGCGUUGCGUCGCGUCAUUCAGACCCAACGCUCGCUCGCUCGCGCGUCACAGCAGCAGAUGAUGAUCAUCGACGGAGUUAGUGAGGGAUUGUCCGGUGUUCUGGACCGGGACAGCGAUGUGAUGACCAGUCCGGUGCACCUGCUGUCGUUCUACCGGUGCGCUUCUCCCGCGGAACCGAAUCUGUCUGACUCGGAUCAGAGCUGGAGCAGCGUGGAAGCGUGUUGUUAUCAAGGCGUGCGCGUGAAGAACUCCAUCAGAGAGCUGAUCCUGCAGAAGCACAGCCAGGUACAGCUACAGGCUCAGCAAUAUCAAGUCGAAAAUGAAUGUCCAGCUAUAAUGCAUGCGCUGCAGAGAAGGAAGAGGGAACUGGAGAAUGUGUGUCUCUGUCCUGGGAAACGACUGCGAGUCGCAGACGCAGACGGCCUGUUUCCGUGCGGCGAGGACAUGUUCUGUGACGCUGAGAUGCUGGAGGACAUCAGGGACGUUCUGUCCAAACAGCGGCUCUCCAUCGAGUCUGUGACGGUCAGAGGCUCUCCUCAGGAUCUGUGCGCUGAAGCCCAAAGCCAUCUGAACACACAGCCUUCCUCGUGCGGCCUCAGCCUGACCGCUGCGCCUCCGGUCUCCUUCUUCCAGUGGCAGAUCCAGCAGGAGGAGGUGAGACUGGCAGCUGUGAGCCACGAGCAGCUCACCGCUCGAGACGCAGACGGAGACACGUUCUUGCACAUCGCGGUGGCUCAGGGCAGAAGAGCUCUGGCGUAUGUCCUCGCCAGGAAAAUGGCUGCCAUCGGCGUGCUGGACAUGAAAGAACACAACAGCCGGAGCGCCUUCCAGCUGAGCGUCGCUGCAGACCAGCACCUGAUCGCUCAAGACCUGCUUGUGCUGGGAGCCGAGCUCAACACCAAGGACUGCUGGGGCCGGGCCCCGCUCCACGUCUGCGCAGAGAAGGGCCACUGCUCCAGCCUGCAGGCCAUCCAGAGAUGCUUGCAGACGAGCCGUCAGCCGGUGAACGUGGAGGUGGUCAACUAUGACGGACUCACGCCUCUCCAUGUGGCGGUGCUAUCCCACAAUGCCCUGCUGCAGGAGCUGAGCCGUGGCCCUCCGUCCGCUCAGAGUCCGGCUCUGCUGCAGAAGAAGAAGCUGCUCUCUGAGUGUGUCAGCACUCUGCUGCUGAUGGGCGCCUCGCUGGAAGCCAAGGACUGUAAGAGCGGCCGCACCGUUCUGCAUAUGGCCGCCGAAGAGGCCAACGUCGAGCUGCUGCGCCUCUUUCUGGAUCAGUCCAACUACUUCUCGCUCAUAAACGCCAAGGCGUUCAGCGGGAACACGGCUCUGCACAUGGCCAGUGCUCUGCAGGGCCGGCGAGCUCAGCUGGACACGGUGCGACUGCUGCUGAGACGAGGAGCCGAUCCCAGCGCCAGGAACCUGGAGAAUGAGCAGCCGGCCCAGCUGGUGCCCCACGGGCCUCUGGGAGACCAGGUGCGUGGGAUCCUGAAAGGUAAAGGAGCGCAGUCCCGCUGGUGAGAAUCGCUGUCAGUCAGGCAGCCGUCUGUGUACACAUUCAUUUGCCGCCGCAGGCAGAUGUCGGUUGUUUCCAUGAAACAGUCUUAUUGUUCACUACUGAGUAGUAGACGGCACAGGAACGUGAGAGCAACGCUUCAGAAGAGGAAUCCAGUGCUAUGAGGAAGCUAGGAGGGAUUAUUCAGAAAGCAAUAAUAAAUGAGGAAGAAAGUAAAUCUUCUCUUGUUCGUUAGCAGAUCUGAAGCGUUGCAUUUGGCUCUGGUGUGUAAAAGUUUGUCAACUAUAAUCUCUAAACAAUCGAACUAUAUCCGUAUUAAUAUUAUUAUUACUCUGCUGUGUGUUUUGUCAGAAGGUUAAACAUGAGAUGAUAAUCAGUAACUUUAAACCUGUUGAACAAGAACAUCCUGAUUGUUGACUUCAGGCGUGUUUCAGCGUGUUAUUUUGGGACUUUCUUUCAUUGAUAAUUAACUUUUAUGAGGUCGUGCCAUUCUCCAGAAGUCCUCUGAUUAUUCAGUUUGAUUGACUGCUAUUCUCAGAAUCAACAGUAAAAUCCACAUAAAAAUAGGCUUAAAGGUGUUUCUUUUUAUUGAAGACAGAGCGAGAUGGUGUUAGUGCAUUAUAACAUAUUACACGUAUCUGCAUGAUAUUGCUGAUGCAUUUUUGUGGUGAUGGGAUUAGUAUAUAUUGUUAUUCUUUCUCUCUUUAUGUAUGUAAAUAUAACGUCAUUCAGCUUUAUUUUUCACUGUGCAUCAGGAGCGGGUCGUUUGUGUUUCGUUUGAUGUUCUGUGAGUUUAAUUGUGAGCUGUAAUUCAGUCUUAAAUAAAGAUUCCUUGUUCUGUUCUCGUGAGAGCUUCAGCCGAGUGUCAGAUUUCAGAAGAGUGUCAAAACAAGAGAGCAGAAAUCUGAUCCAGACCAGGAAAUAAUUCGGCUGAAACACAAGCGAACAUCUUACAGGAAUUAAAGUAACAGUACUAAAGUGAUUGCUCAGUG